AGCUGGUGCAGAUUCCUAUUGCUUUUCAAGGUGUGAGCAACAUGUCUGGAUUGGUUUUAUCCACUCUGCUCAUUUUAACCCUGCAAACCCAUGACAGGGCAGUGGAGGGAGCAGAGCAGUGGACUUAUGACUACACCAAGUACCACACCAUGGAUGAGAUCUCUGAGUGGAUGAACAUGAUGAUAAAGGAACAUCCUGACGUCGUUACCAGCGUCAUCUAUGGAAACACGUAUGAAAAGAGGAAUAUCACUCUGCUGAAGAUCGGUUUGAGCAGCACAGAGAAAAAGAAGAUGGUCUGGAUGGACUGUGGGAUUCACGCUCGAGAAUGGAUCACUCCAGCUUUCUGUCAGCACUUUGUCAAGGAGAUCCUAGGUUCCUACAAAACAGACUCAAAGAUCAGCGAAAUGUUGAAACAUUUGGACUUGUACAUCACCCCAGUGUUGAACAUGGACGGAUAUAUUUACUCAUGGAAAGACAACACGACACGGUUAUGGAGGAAGACAAGGUCACCUGGAUCUGAUAACUGCACAUGUUUUGGUACGGAUCCCAAUGCCAACUUCUAUGCUAACUGGGGAAUGGUGGGAAUUUCCAGAAACUGCUGCUCAGUGCUCUAUAAUGGACCCUCGGCUCUUUCGGAGCCCGAGGCCAAGGCGGUGACAGACUUUCUGAGUGGCAAUCGAGACAACAUCCUCUGCUUCCUCACCAUCCAUUCGUUCGGCCAGUUGAUCCUGCUGCCUUAUGGGCACCCCAACAUCACCGCCCCCAAUGAAGAUGAGCUGAUGAAAGUGGGUCUGGCUGCAGCGGAGGCCAUUAAAGCUGUUCACGGAAUGGACUACACAGUGGGAACACCUCCUAACGUGCUUUACCCCAAUUCGGGCUCGUCUCGUGACUUUGCGCGUCUGAUCGGCAUCCCCUUUUCCUUCACAUUUGAGCUACGUGAUAAGGGUCAGCACGGCUUCAUGCUGCCGGAGGAUCAGAUCCAACCCACGUGUGAGGAGGCGUAUCAGGGCGCACUGUCCAUCAUCACACACGUCCACGAUAAAACCUUCAUCCGUGCGGCGGCUACAAGCAUCGCAGCCAUGCUGUGGAGUAUUUGCCUGGCUCUGUGGCUCUCUAGCGCCACCGUCUAAGCUGAAAUCAAUCACAUACUUUAAAUAACAUGGUUGAUUCUGUUAUCUCCCCAGUUACAUAAAAAAUCUGUAGUAUUAUUCACUUAUAAACAACACUUUGGUAAUAUAUGUAUAAGUAUGAAUGUUGUUACAGUAUGUAAUGGAUCAUGUGAUCGACAGUCGAUUGCUCAUGCCUUGUUGGUUUCGCGGCUAACUUGCUGUUUUGUUGUGAAUACACAUUUUGCUGAAUUACACUCUCGUGUCUGCCUUUUAUUUUAUGCUUAUACUGCUGCAUAAACAAAUGUUGCAAUUUUGUUAGAAAUAAAUUAUCACACAAUUUUAAAGGUAUGUAUGUAUUUUAACCCCCCCCCCCAUGCUAAUAUUUAACCAUAUAAUAUAUAAUAAAAAUAUUAUAUUGUAAAAUAACAAUAGUAACCAUUCCAAAGAUUUUUUUUUCUGUUCCUGGAAUUAUAAUGUUCUCUAAUGACGUUUAUUUCCGUAAAUGAUCUGACAUAUUAUACACUUGUGUAAAUGUAUUUGGUGCAUCAUGGGACUCUGGCAGCCUUGUUAUCUAGACAGACCAGUAUUCCAGUAAGAUAGAACAAUUUACUUAAUUAAAAACAGAAUAUAUGUAAUGA